ACAAAGUCCACAGUACUAAAUUUGUACCAAAAUUUCUGCAGGUUUGCCCCAAUUUUAGCUUAGCGACCCGGCCACACAACGAAUUUCCUCAAUUGAAUUCUUUGACUUUGUCAUUGCGGUCACUUUUUUUUUAUCUACGUUCAAGACGACAACAUCUUCAGGUUCCAUCUUUCCCCGCAAUACCCUCGCCUGAACCGUCAAGAUGCGAUACAUUCACAGCCUGGAGACUCUGGAGAUUCCCGAGGGAGUCAAGGUCCACAUCAAGUCCCGUAACGUCACAGUCGAGGGCCCACGAGGCAAGCUAUCCAAGGAUCUUAGUCACAUCGCAGUCAACUUUUCGCGACCGAAGAAGAAUGUUAUUGGCAUUGAGAUUCACCACGGAUCGCGAAAGGACGUCGCCACACUCCGAACUGUCCGAACUCUGAUUAACAACCUAGUCGUCGGUGUCACCAAGGGCUUCAAGUACAAGAUGCGUUACGUCUACGCCCAUUUUCCCAUCAACGUCAACGUCGAGAAGAACAACGAGACGGGUAACUUCGAGGUCGAGAUCCGAAACUUUAUCGGAGAGAAGCUCGUCCGAAGAGUCGUCAUGCAACCCGGUGUCGACGUCCAGAUCUCCACAGCCCAAAAGGAUGAGCUACUUAUCCUAGGUAACUCUCUUGAGGAUGUCUCGCAAAGUGCGGCCGACAUUCAACAGAUCUGCAGAGUCCGAAACAAGGAUAUCCGAAAGUUCUUAGACGGCAUGUACGUUUCUGAGAAGGGUAACAUCGUAGAGGAGGUCUAAAUGGGCGGACUUAAGGGGUUUCUUUGCUUUCUGGGUCUCAAUACGGAGUCGCCGGGGUUCAUCUGCAUCUCACGUAGCAAAAUAGCUGCGAAAAAUGGAACCGAAUACUGACCAAAUGCAUUUCUGAGUUUUCCUCUACGGUCCUCGAUUUAAGCUGUGAGCUCACGCAGUCAAGUCUCGAGAUAUCCGUGUAUUUGGUUCGUCAUGGUGAAUAGUGCUUGAUAAUACAUAUCUCUAGUCCGAGCCAGAUAACUUACGAUUGCUACGAUCCAUGGACUAAAAAUGAUUCAAGGGACUAUUACACCUAGGGUCUAAUAGAGACGCCUUAUCGUUGAGUGUCCAUCGGCAUCCUCUUAAACACAAGAUUUAGUCGUCUGGCCUUCCCUUGCUGCCUUCCAACCUCAUACAACUACUCUAUCUCGAUAAACCUUUUACCCCCGUUGUCAUUGACCUUAAUUUCCUGUGUGAUGAUGAUGACAAGGUAAUAUGUCAUAUAAUCGAUGGUAAAGGUAUUUGGCAACGUCCAACAACUCUAAGCGAUAGUGAGGGAAUGUGUUGAUUUGGGGGGAUGAAGAGAGUACAUA